AUGUUCGCCCGCAUCUCCACCGCUUCCGCUCUCACUGCCCGUCAGACCCUCGUCGCCGCUUCCGCGCGGAGGACCAUUGCCUCUACCGCCAGCCUGAAGCUCAAGGAGUCGUCUAACACCGACCCCGACCCCCAAGCCUACGAGAAGCACAAGCAGGAAUCCCUCCAGAAGCAGAAGGAGGGCAAGGGUCAAUGGAAGCCCGAGCUUGCCUCCAACAGCGAGGAGAACGUCAAGGCCGACCGCCUGUCGGACGCCGAGUUUGCCGAGGCCAGCAAGCGCGAGCUGGAGAAGCAUACCAAGAACUGA